AUGCAUUUCACAAAGGAAAAAUAAAUUUCGUUGUACCCAACAUAGGGAGAAUUUUACGAAUACUAUUUGUCAAAUUUUCUACCAGAUUAUUAAUUAAACUGUAAAAUUUAUCCUUAAGUUCCAAAUGUAUAAAUAAUGAAUUAAUGUGAAGAAAUAUACAGAUUAAAAGGAAAUUGUAAACUAUAAAAAAUUUAUAUAGAAUUGAUAUCAUUGUCCUCAAAUACUACACAUUUUGGUACUCUGUCAAUUGGAAAUAAAAUAAUUAUGUAUGAGUGGAAGAAUAAAAUACUUCAAUAAGUUGGAGAAUCUAUAAACAUUGAUAAUUCGUUUAAUUGUUUUAAUAUCAAUUUGUCAAAAUUUUUUUCAAUUUUAGUAGAUUGUUAUAAGUAAGAUGAACUCUUUUUAAUUCAAUUAAUGGAUACAUAAUCAAUUAUUGCUUAUUAAAUAUAAUCAUCUGAACCUAAUUCAACCAAAAUACAAUCAAUUAUUAAUGGAACAAAUGCGUUUAUCAUAUAUGCCUAAUAUUUUGAGAUGUAUUCAAUACUUUCAUUAUUUUCAUCAUUUUUUGUAAAUUAAAGUAGCUUAUAUAAAUAAUUUGUCGAUUUUGAUAUCCCAAUUACCAUAAGUCCUAAGAUUUAUGUAAUGACUUUGCAAGAGAUAUUAUAGUUAUCAAUAUCUUCAGAGUCUCAAUUUUAUUAGGAAUAUAAAUAUAGCAUCCCUUUUUUUCUGAAUCCUGUUAUUAGUAUUAAUGUUUAUUAUGAUUUACGGACGUUUCCUUAAUGCGAUCAAAUUGCUUUAAUAAGUUCAUAAAAUACUGUUUCUUUCCUUUUGGGAUGUGAAAAUUCAAUAGUCCUUGUAGGUCUAAAUGAAUAGCUUUAAUAUGAGUCUGCUUUUAAGAUACUCUAAAACAACUAAUUUAUAGUAUUUUAACUAAAAGAUAAAAUACUCAUUUAAGAAUUAGAAGUAAAUAACAUCUACAAUUAUCAUCUAAAUCAUUCCAAAAAUUCCAUAAUUUAUUUUAAUUCUGAUAAUGAAUUAUUUGUAUUCAACCACCACAUCAUUGUUUAUAAAAUUUAAUUGCCUUCCUUAUAAGUAAAUUUAACUAAUUUAAAAAUUGCUGGAAAUAAUUAUGCUUUUUCACUUAUAUGCCAUAAUGAAUUGAAAUAUUCCACUUUCUCUAAUAUUUAACUUUAAGUAUUACUUUAGAAUGAUACAAAUGUGUAUGUAAUGUUUAAUUAAUAUUUUCCAUAAUAUAGUGUUUUGGAAGUUUCAGCUAAACAUACAUUUAUGAGUUUUUCAGGGUAAUUAUUACAAUAUAAAUAAAAUCCAGAUGGAAUUCCUUUAAAGUUUACUUUAACAUCCUAGCAAAAGGCUGGCGAAAUUAUGUAGAGUUAUUAAAUAGUCUAAUCCUUGUCAAUAUUUUAGCCUAAUUAUUAUUUGUCAUCAUAAUAUUUAAUAGGAUUUAAUAAUGAUUCAAUUGAUAUUUUGUGGAGCUAAAACAUCAUAGUAUCUUAUUAAUUCACUAAAUUAUGUUCAAUUAGCAUUUCCAUAAAUGCAAGCUCCUUAUAAAUUGCCUAUAGCAUUUAUCCUUUAAAAAUAAUAAUUGGACUCAGUGAUAAAAAUACAAUUUAUUUGUUUUAAUACUACAAUGAGAGUAAUAGUAUAAUUAGUUAUGCAAAUUUUACGUUUAAAAGAUCCUUCUCAGAUUUUGUAGCAACAUACAAUAGUAUAAUUAUUCUAAUUCCAAAACAAGAAAUAAAAAUAAUGACAUUUAAUUUUACAACUAUCUUUACAUUAAAUUAAGAGACGAUAAAUUAAUUUUUCAACAAGAUUCUUUUCAAUCCUAUAUAAAUUGUUGUUAAUUUUUAACUAUAGUCAUCUUUAUUGUAUAUAAACAACAUUAAUGAAGUCAUCAUAAUUUCAAUUGAUUAAAAUAACGUCCCAAUACCUAUUUCUUUGAUUGAAGUCAAUUUUAAAAUCAAAUAGAUAAAUUUAGUAAAUUAAUAAUUAAUUUUAUCAUAUCUAUGUAAUAAUGAUCAAAAUAUUUGCUUUUAAGUUUGGAAUGUGUAAUAUUUACCUAAAUAUUAUUAUUUAAAGAAUCUUUAUAGUCUAAAUGUUGAUAAUAAAGUAGUAAUAUAAUCUGAUAACCUUUUUUUAUAUGUUACUUUCAGUAAUUACACAGUUUAUAUUUAUAAUCCUUCCUUACCUUAUCAUUCUAGUUUAUAUUAAAUUCUACAAUUAAGUUCACCAAUUCAAUGUGCCUCGGCCAUUAAAAGCUUUUAAGUUUAUAUACCUCAAUUCUAGUAUUUUAUAUCGAUGAUACUUCUUUCAGACAAUACUAUUUAUCAAAUAAAUAGAGACUAAAAAUUUGAGCUGUCUGUAGAAUUUAACAAUUAUAACCUAAACUAUUCUGUAAAUUACCCAUAUAUCAUUUAUAACUACACUGUAAGUUCUUUAUUAAAUAACACAGCCUUUUAGUAGACUCCUAAUUAAAGUUUACUAUUAUAUUCUAACUUUACAGUAUUUUAGAAUUAAACAAAUUUACGAAUAAAUUUAAGUUUAGAUAAUAUAAUUCCUUUGUCUUUUAAGUUCACUUAUCCAUUGAAUUUAUUUCUUGAUAGAUAAGUGGGAUAUUGUGGAAUAGUAUACAAUAACACUUAUAAUUAAAAUAACUAAUGCAGUUUAUCUUAGAAUAGAUCUAACAGUAUUCCUAAUCUUAAUAAUUUCUCCUUAAUUACUUCAAUAAACAAUGAAUGUUUUGCUUUACAGAAUAACUCUUAUAUUUAAAUGGUAAAUACUAAUUUAAAUAAUUUAUCGAAUUUGAGUUAUUAAUAUCUAAAGUUAAGCUUAUGUCUAAAUUCAACAUCAGAAAAUUACACAUUAUAUUCAAUUUGUUAAAAUCAAACUUCUUAGUAUCUACUUAACUUUACUUUAAAUUGUGACAACAAAUUAGAAAUGAGUAGUAUCAAAUAAUUUCCCCAUAAAUUUUAAAAUAUAUCCAAAAUGAGCGUCAUUUUAAACUAAAUUUUUAUUUUAGGUACUUUUCAAUAGUCAUUUUAAUAAUUGUAUUGGUUUAACUUCAACUUAAAUGAAUUAACUGGCCCAUAUCAUUAAAGUGACGAUUUUUCUAUAGCGAAAAUCCCAUAAAUGAUUUAAGAUGGUUAAUCAGAAAAAAUAAUUGUAUUUUAUACGAUGAAUUUUUAAGUUUACUAUAUAAUUUUAUCGAUUGGUGAUUCAACAAUUUAAUCAUAAGGUGUUGUUGAUAUUGAAUUUUGUGAUUAACAAUAAAUUUGUUCUCAGCAUCCAAAUUUAUAUAUUUUAGUUUUAAUUAUGCAAACAUAUUAUUAAAGUGUUACAAUAAUUGUGAGUGAUACUUAUUUUAGUUAUGUUGUAGUGGUAAGAUUAGAGUAAUUUAAAUUGUACAAUAAAAGUGAUUUUAAAGGCAGAGCAAUUAAAUCUAUUCCAAAUUAUGGUAAUUUAACUAAUACUGGUAAUUCUUUUUAUUUGAAUGGUGUUUUGACGUAGCAAUUUUAAUUAAACUAUUAAAAUAUAAGUCAUUUUAUAGUUGGGGUUUAUUAUUUCAAUCUCUUCGAUGAAAAUUUUAUAUAGCCAAUUUUGAUGUAAAGUUCAUUCGAAACUUCAAUCAAGGAUUAUGCAAUUAUUAUAGAUUAAUAAUAUCGAAACGGAACAUCCAUGUACUUUUAUAAUUAAACUAUAUAUAAUUACUCAAUAGGUACCUAAAAUGUGACAUGUAUUGCUUAUACAAAAAAAGGUUAUAUGAUUGUUCCGAUAUUUUGCUUAAACGAAUUUUAAUAUGGUAUUUACAACAUUACAUUUUACCUGCCUCCAAAAUUUCAUCAUAAUUUUGGCCCAUCAGCUUAUAUUCUAUUUUCAAUGAUUCUUCUAUUGCUAUCAUAUUUUUACUUUAAAUUUAAAUCCAAAACAAGGAAUUUGGAGCCUAUUUAUUCUGAAAUUGAAUUAUGA